AUGGGUUCACAUAUCGGAUUCCUCGAAUUAAUAAAGAAGCAGUUUACCGCCAGUAAACUCUUCUUCCACUUUCUUUUCUGGACCUUUCACUGGGGUAUUUUUGCCUAUGGUUGGUGGAAGCAAGCCGCAGAUGCCAGACUGGCAGGCCUCAACACACUCAAAUUCUCAGUAUGGAUCUCACGAGGUGCUGGUCUAGUUCUUAGCGUCGACUGUAUGCUUAUCCUGCUCCCCGUAUGCCGAACCAUCAUGCGUUGGGUUCGACCCAAGAUUCGAUUCAUUCCACUCGACGAGAAUCUCUGGAUGCAUCGCCAACUCGCCUAUUCCAUCCUCCUCUUCACCUGCCUUCACACAGGCGCUCACUACGUCAACUUCUAUAACGUCGAGUUGACUCAGAUUCGACCUGUCUUGGCUCUUCAGAUUCAUUAUGCUCAGCCCGGUGGAAUCACUGGUCAUGUCAUGCUUCUCUGCAUGUUGCUGAUGUAUACGACCGCUCACGCUCGCAUCCGUCAGCAGUCAUUCGAGACGUUCUGGUACACCCACCAUCUCUUCAUCCCGUUCUUCCUCGGUCUUUACACCCACACCGUUGGAUGUUUCGUGCGUGACACACCUGAGGCUAUCUCACCAUUCGCGGGCGACGAGUUCUGGGAGCACUGUAUUGGCUAUCUUGGAUGGCGAUGGGAGCUCUGGACCGGUGGUUUCUACCUUCUUGAGCGUCUGUGGCGUGAGAUUCGUGCUCGACGUGAGACCAAGAUCACCCGAGUUGUUCGCCAUCCUUACGACGUGGUUGAGAUCCAGUUCAACAAGCCUUCUUUCAAGUACAAGGCUGGUCAGUGGCUCUUUCUCCAGGUACCCGGGCUCUCAAAGUACCAGUGGCACCCUUUUACCAUCACUUCGUGUCCCUUUGACCCUUAUGUGUCUGUCCACGUUCGCCAAGUUGGUGACUUCACCCGAGAGUUGGGUGAUGCUCUCGGUGCUGGUGCUGCCCAGGCUAAGCUCUACGACGAUGUUGACCCCAUGGGUAUGUACGAAGUUGCCCUUCAGAACGGCGAUCAGAUGCCUGCCCUCCGAAUCGACGGCCCUUACGGUGCCCCUGCCGAAGAUGUAUUCGAGAACGAAAUCGCUGUGCUUAUCGGUACCGGUAUUGGUGUGACCCCAUGGGCCUCUAUCCUCAAGAACAUCUGGCAUCUCCGCAACUCACCCAACCCUCCCCGCCGACUUCGCCGUGUCGAGUUUAUCUGGGUGUGCAAGGAUACUGGUUCAUUUGAGUGGUUCCAGACUCUCCUGUCAUCCCUAGAAGAGCAAUCCAACGAAGCGGCACGCAUGCCUGGCAGCUCGGGCGUCGAGUUCCUCAAGAUUCACACCUAUCUCACACAGAAGCUGGAUAUCGACACUGCUCAAAACAUCGUACUCAACAGUGUCGGUGCUCAGAUGGAUCCUCUCACAGAACUACAAUCACGAACAAACUUUGGUCGCCCUGACUUCCCUCGUCUGUUUACUACCAUGCGAAACGGUAUCUUGGACCGAACAUACCUGAACGGUCUAGAGUCCCAUAUCAGGACGACAGUUGGUGUUUACUUCUGUGGUCCAUCAUCAGCUGCUCGUGAUAUCAAGACGGCUUGUAAAGAAGCCACAGUGCCUGAUGUGGAGUUCCGAUUCUGGAAGGAACACUUCUAA